GAUGAUGCCAGGGGAGGACGGGCUAACCCCGGCCGUGUGUUGGGGAGUUACACAACCAGUCAGGGCAGAUUGCGCGCCGCAAAUGUGAGUUUCUCAAGCGAGGAUCCAAAGAUGAUAUGGUUCAUUCUCCAGGAACCUGGCACGGAACUGAGCGCAGUGGCGGCUGGCCACGCAUCGCCUUAGAAGAGAAGCCGGGGUUCAUUUCUUCUCCAUCUUUAUUUUCAUGGUGUUAAUAAGACGUGCUUAUCACAGCCUGAUAUCCCGGACUGAUGAAUCUAAAGGAUAGAACAGAACUCUGCAUUGUGUAAACGAGCUGAUGGAGGAAGAUGAGAAGGACAGGGCAAAGAGGGCAUCGCGCAACAAGUCAGAGAAGAAAAGGAGAGACCAGUUCAAUGUCCUUAUUAAGGAGCUCUGCACCAUGCUCCAAGGCCACGGCCAUCCGCUCAAGAUGGACAAGUCCACGAUACUGCAGAGGACCAUCGACUUCCUACAGAAACAGAAAGAAAUCACAGCACAGACUGAGGCUUGCGAGAUCAGGCAAGACUGGAAGCCUUCAUUUCUUAGCAAUGAGGAGUUCACCCAGUUGAUGUUAGAGGCACUGGAUGGAUUUCUCAUUGCACUUACCACUGAUGGGAUUAUUAUUUAUGUAUCUGAUAGUGUCUCUUCUCUUCUUGGACAUUUACCGUCAGAUUUGGUGGACCAAAAUAUAUUAAACUUUCUGCCCGAGCGUGAGCAGAGCAACGUGUACAAGCAGCUUUCUCCACACAUGUGCAUGACUAACCCUGUGGCAACAGAUUUUCUGAACACUGAAAAGCAAAUAGAAUUUUGCUGUCACUUAGCCCGAGGAAAUCUAGACCCAAAUGAACCCAUUACAUAUGAAUAUGUGAAAUUUGUAGUGGAUUUCAAAUAUUUUACUCAUGUGCCUGCAUCUUCCUAUAAUGGCUUUGAGUCUGCCAUUGCCCGGGUGUUCCGAUCAGCCAGUGAAGAGCAGAUCUGUCUAGUGGCAACGGUUCGCCUCGUCACCCCACAGUUCUUGAAGGAACUUUGUAAUGUCGAAGAACCCUGUGAAGAAUUUACAUCAAGACAUAGCCUGGAAUGGAAAUUUUUAUUUCUAGACCACAGAGCCCCACCAAUUAUAGGAUAUUUACCCUUUGAGGUGCUUGGGACAUCAGGUUACGACUAUUACCACGCCGAUGACCUCGAGCUUCUUGCUCGGUGCCACGAGCAGUUGAUGCAGUUUGGGAAAGGCAAGUCUUGCUACUACAGAUUCUUGACCAAAGGCCAGCAGUGGAUUUGGUUGCAAACGCACUAUUACAUCACCUACCACCAGUGGAACUCCAAGCCUGAGUUUAUUGUGUGCACCCACACGGUCGUCAGCUAUGCUGAGGUUCGAGCUGAAAGAAGACGAGAUCUUGGCCUUGAGGAGUCAUCCAUUGAACUAGCAUCUUCCUCCUUUAAGAGUCAUGGAAGUUACAUCAAUAUCCAGCAAUGUGUAGCAAACCAAGAAGCCAGUCGUGAGAGGCUCUCUGUCUCUUCUCACAGUUCCCGCCGAUCUUCACAUACAGCGCUUUCCGACUCUGCAUCCACCUCAUCCAUACGGCACACGGAUGCCAGCACCCCGACCAGACAAUCAUUACCAAUGGGGCAGUCAGACAAAGCACCUCUCAGGCUUCCUUCAAGCAGCAGCACACAGGGUAUAAUAACUCCUCAGACCCCCACUGAGCAUCUCCCACAGCAUCACAUGGCGCAGCCCACAGUCCCUGCACAGCAAGCGGUCAUGCCUAUGUAUCACUUCCCAACCCAGAUGGGGAUGAUGCACCAGCUGAAGGAACAACUGGAAGAGCGGACACGCAUCCUGCAGGCAGACAUCAAGACGCAGCAGGAAGAACUCCAUUGAUGCCCCAAACUCCAGGUUUAAGGAAGGACAAAGCCAUUUACCAAAAGGC